AAAUAGAAUGCACCUUAUCUUUCUAGUUCCUACUUUACAAUUGAGCUUCUGAUUUUCGUAAAUGAAGAGUAAUACAGAAUAAUUGAGAAAUUCCUAAAUUCUAACCGUAUUGAAUCAACGGAUGUUAAUUUGAAGAACCAAUUCCAUAUUUAGAGGAAGAAUGAGCAUUGAAUUAAUUUUCAUCACAUAGUAAUCAAGCUCGAGCGAGCUUUCAUAGAGACGAACACGAACACGAACACGGGUCAAGCUACCAAGCUUAGAUCUCAUCAAACGCAAUCUCAGAUGUUUAUCUAAUCAACCUCCAACCAAGUUUUAUACAUGCUUUGAUUUUCAUUUUCAGGCACUGUCGUGGAGACAAGAAAAUAUACAUCAGAAUCGGACAGUGUUUUCCGCUUCGUCAUCACAUAAAAAUACAGACUUGUAAAUAUUUUUGUGUUUGCAGGUGAAAAGAAUCAAUAAUUUCGACGAGCAAUAGCGGUAACCAGCAUCCCGCAUUUGUUCUGUUUUCGCACAACCGACACGCAGGGUGAAGAAUCCUGUUUUCAGAUUCUCAGGAGCUCAGAAAUGUCGAUGCAUUUCAUGAUUAAAUGGCUUGCAAUAUUUACAUCGAUUAGAGGUUUGUUAUGCACGGUAGUAGCAUAUGCCAAUCAUGGGAUCUCAUUGUCCUGUAUAAUGGCAUAUGAAGAAGGUGGAGUUCGUGCUGUCUUAAACUCACCUGAGUGUCCUUGGCUGUUCUCUUCUGUUGAAUCAUCGAACUCGACCAAGAAUUGCCAGUUUGCCAUGCUACAAGGCCGUAGAGAAUAUCAAGAAGAUCGCGUAGUGUGCAAUCUUGAUUUAGAGCUACCAUUUUCGGGUGACCCUGGCUUCUUCUAUCCCGGUGAAGAGGUGCCUGUGGAGACUAGUAUUGGUAUAGCAGCUAUAUUUGAUGGCCAUGGAGGCGACGAAGCCAGUGAAAUGGCUUCCACCAUGCUAUCCAGUUACUUUCUGAUGAAUGUUGUGUUCGGUGCUUACAAGCGAGUGCUUCCAAGCUACGAGGAAUAUAACAAGACUCAAUGCAGGCUGCGAAGGAUGCCAGCAGUGAUUGAUCGUCGCUCGCUUCGUUCAGAUUUAGAAGAAGCACUGUUGAGAACGAUCAAAGAUAUCGAUUCAGAAUUCUCAAAACAAGCUGUGGAUAAAGGUUAUGUUUCCGGGUCUACCGGCACUAUUGCUCUUCUAUUCGAGGGUCAACUUCUCGUUGCUAAUGUUGGGGAUUCAAAAGCUCUCCUGUGCUUUACAAAAGGGGAUUCGUCGAAAGACGUUUAUGUGGAGGAAUUAACAAGAGACCAUCAUCCAGAUAGAGCAGAUGAGAAGGCCAGAAUUGAAGCAGCCGGUGGCUUCAUUACUCGAUACGCCGUCCCUCGUGUGAAUGGUAUAUUAGCUCUGUCCAGAGCCAUUGGUGAUAUCUACCUCAAAAGAUAUGGGGUUACAGCUGAAGCCGAAGUCACCGGUUGGAGGGCUUUCACCCCUGAAAACAGCUAUCUGGUGGUUGCAUCUGACGGCGUAUUCGAAACAUUGACACCAAAAGAUGUAUGUCGUCUUCUUCACAAUAAGGCAUCAUCAUCGUCGUUGCCCGAACGUAUAAUCCGCCGUGCCUUUGAGACUGGCAGCAUGGAUAACCUAUCAGCUAUUGUGAUUUCUCGUCUUGUUUGUCGCAAUGUGGGAAGAUGCAAGUAAUGGUAUUUUAAAAGAAAAUCCUAACCAUUAUAACAUAAACUACAUUUGCCUA